AUGAAUCAGGACAAUUUCCCAUUGAAAUUCCGUCGAGCAUCUAGCAAACUUCACAAGGACCCCCCUAGCUUCAGUUCGCGCAUUCUUCGGAGUCAUCAGAGCACCACAUCGUUGAAACGCACCCCCUCCGCCCCCGUCUAUCCACGUUCCUCUCCCAGCGGCAGUCGCGAGCAUAAUCGAUCGCGAUCCAACGCCCAAUUCCCAGGGUCUUCCUCGUCAUCCCUGGAUCAGAACAGUGGCGGUCCAUCGCCUUCCAACGACGAGUCAAGUGGCUUCUUCUCCAGUUUGACUUCCCGAUCUCGCACCCGCAGUUCCAACCGUUUUUCCUACAACGAGCAGAGCUCGGAUGAAUUGAACAGCCCUUUCGAAACGCGGGGCAUGCUUAGUGCAUUGGAUGAGAAUACCGCCGAGACUGAUCCUCACUCCCAGCAAAAGCCCGGACUCCGCUCUCACCACACCAGCCCCGAUAACCGCGGACGCCACUCACUCCGCCAGUCAGCUAGUUUCACCACUCUAACGCAACGAAUGGAUUCCUUUGCUCAUCGUGAGACUGAAAGGCCUCCAAACGCCGCCAAGCGAUAUUCCGACGAUGGCAAUCCUCCGGCCGCUCCCCGAACGAGACAGAGCAAAAAGGCCAGCUUCUCCAGAUUCGUGGACAGUAUGCUUGGAACCCCCGGUCGCAAUAUGAAAAUUUCAGCUCCAGAGAAUCCGGUCCAUGUCACCCACGUCGGUUACGACAACCAGACUGGCCAGUUCACUGGCCUCCCCAAAGAAUGGCAGCGACUACUACAGGAGAACGGUAUCUCGAAGAAGGAACAGGAGGAGCACCCACAGACUAUGAUGGAUAUCAUGCGAUUCUAUGAAAAGAACACCCGUGGCGACAGCGACGAUGAAGUCUGGCACAAGUUCGACAAUGCGCAAGCUGCUCAAGCUGCGCUAGCCACCAGCCCAAGAGAACAAACAUCGCCACCAGGAAGUCCACGAUUCCCGCAAAAUCACGAAAGCAGCUUCGAGAAUCCGCGAUCGCCCCCACCAAUUCCUCGCGGGCCUCCGGCAGGCCCACCGGUCAUGUCUCCUGUACUGGGCGGUAUGGUCCCCCACCGUGCUCCCCCGAAACCGCCGACUGGGAUGACCCCCUCCCGCCCUCCUCCUCAACCCCCGGUCUCGAAUUCGUAUGGAGUCCCGCAGCGAACUCCGCAGGAGAAUUAUGCUCCUACAUUUGGUACUCCGACUAUCCCAGAAUCCGAGCCAUUGCCAGCAUCGCCUCACCGCAGUCGCUCCAGCUCCCGAAAUGGCACCCCUGCGCCCAGCGUCCCCAACGUUUCCAAUGUCAUCACAUCCCCUACACAGUACCAGCGGCAACAGGAGCAGGUCAUGGCCGCGGCCCAGCAGACUUUGGAACGGAAUCGGACCCAACGCCAGCAAGCACAGCAGCCUCCGGCAAUCUCCACAUCAACCACUGCUCCAGCACCCGAUCUUUCAUCUGGGGUGUCACCUACCGCGCGUGCUCCACCCGCUGCUCGACCUAGACAGCGCCAGCAACGACAGAGCAGCUCUUUGGAUAUUCGGGCGCGCUUGAUGUCAAUCUGCCACCCUGGCGACCCCACGCAGAUCUACUACAACUUCAACAAAAUCGGCCAAGGUGCUUCGGGUGGUGUGUACACAGCGUACGAGCAUCCUCACAACAACUGUGUUGCUAUCAAGCAGAUGAAUUUAGACCUGCAACCCAAGAAGGACUUGAUUAUCAACGAGAUAUUGGUCAUGAAAGAUAGCAAGCACAAGAACAUCGUGAACUUCUUAGAGAGCUUCUUACAUGGGCUGGAUCUUUGGGUUGUGAUGGAAUACAUGGAAGGUGGCAGUUUGACAGACGUGGUUACCUUCAACAUUAUGAGCGAAGGACAGAUCGCAGCUGUUUGCCGAGAGACUCUGAGCGGUCUCCAGCAUUUGCAUUCCAAGGGUGUCAUUCAUCGAGAUAUCAAAUCUGACAACAUCCUGUUGGCAAUGGAUGGUAACAUCAAGCUGACCGAUUUCGGUUUCUGUGCUCAAAUCAAUGACUCGCAGAACAAGCGGAACACUAUGGUUGGUACCCCGUACUGGAUGGCUCCCGAAGUUGUCACCCGCAAAGAGUAUGGCCGCAAGGUCGACAUCUGGAGUUUAGGCAUCAUGGCCAUCGAGAUGAUCGAGGGCGAGCCGCCGUACCUGACAGAGUCCCCGUUGCGAGCACUCUAUCUAAUUGCUACGAACGGAACUCCCACAAUCAAAGAUGAGCAUAAUCUAUCCCCAAUCUUCCGCGAAUUCCUUCACUUUGCCCUGAAGGUUGACCCGGAGAAGCGGGCGUCAGCGCAUGACCUACUGAAGCACCCAUUCAUGUCUCUCUGCGCACCACUAUCGCACCUCGCCCCCUUGGUCAAGGCUGCUCGUCUCAGCCGUGCCCAAGAAAAAGCCCAAAAAGGCGCUUGA